CAGCAAGAAGAGCAGCAAGAGCAGCAAGAAGAAGGCGUCACCCAACCAGGGUCCGAUGGUCGUCAGCGCGUCUCUCGCCGCCAGCGCGACCGUCGGAUCCGGAUACAAGUCGAUCCAGGACGCUGUUGAUGCCGCUCCCGGCGGCACGCGAUUCGUGAUUUACAUUCCCGCGGGAACGUACAAGGAGCAGGUUGUUAUCUCGACGACGGAUAUCGUUCUGAUUGGUGCGGGCACGGGUAAGACGAUCAUCACGGGCGACGCGAGCUACGGCAGCGGAUCCGGGACGUUCGAGUCGGCUACGGUUGGGGUGGAUAGCGACAGGUUCGUCGCCUUCGGGAUCAAGUUCGUCAACACGGCAGGCCCCGAGAAUCACCAAGCAGUUGCGUUUCGCGCCACCGGCGACCAAACAGCUCUUUUCAACUGCGCGUUCGACGGAUCGCAAGAUACAUUGUAUGUGGACGCGGGCCGCCAAUACUACAAAAACUGCUACAUUGGCGGCUCGCAGGACUUCAUUUUCGGCGACGCGGCCGUGGUUAUCGAUGCGCCCAAGAUUCAGCUUCACCCAAGCCCCUCUUUCGGGACCCUAACUGCGUCGGGACGGGCCAAGGACACCCCGACGGGGAUCGUGAUUCGCGACGCUGUUGUCUCGGCGGAUCGCGGCACGAAGAAGGUGUAUCUGGGCCGUCCGUGGAAGAAAUGCGCCUUCACGGUUUUCAUCAACACCUUUCUCCCCGCGGUGAUCGAGAGGGACGGGUGGCUGUCGUGGAACGAGGGCAGCUGCAUGUUUCUGGCGGAGGCGGGCAGCAAGGGGCCGGGCGCCGCGGCUUCCCGCGCGGACUGGGUGGACCCUGGGAUCAUCACGAGCGUCAGCGGAUACGACGCCAACACCUUCACGCAAGUCAACUCCUGGCUCCGCCUGUCGCGCUAG